GCAUCCAUCGCUGCGCCAGUCAAACGGCAUAACAUUAAUUUAUUCAAGCAACCCUAAAGUCUCGCGGUGCUACCACUCAGACAUCUUGCAUUUCACUAAAUGUGCACUUGGAGACAUUCCCGUUGAGCUCUCUCUCUCUCACGUUACUAAACCAGCGCAGUCAAAACGGCUUUUUAUCGUCUGAACCGAGACUCGUUUUCUUCCGCGUCGACGGAUGUGAGGCGGCUGGGCCGAGCCUCGCGUGCCAAUUCCGCGGAGUUUAGACGGUCUCUCCGGGGGACUCUCGCCGUAUUGUGCGUCAUCUCCAUCGCUGCCGUUUUGUUAUUUCUCUCCAUUGAGGAAACAUGGCAACUCCCGCCGCGGUCAACCCGUCCGAGAUGGGCAGUGAGUUGCCAGGGACAGUAGCGAUGCCGGGGGCAGUAGGAGGCGGUCAGGUGAGGAUGGGAGGAGCUGUGCCAGGCCGCGGGGGCAAGAGGAGAUCAGGAGGAAUGGACUUUGAUGACGAAGAUGGAGAGGGGCCGAGCAAAUUUUCCAGAGAGAACCACAGUGAGAUUGAGCGACGCCGGCGCAACAAAAUGACCCAGUACAUCACUGAGCUAUCAGACAUGGUCCCUACCUGCAGCGCUCUGGCUCGGAAGCCUGACAAACUGACCAUCCUGCGUAUGGCUGUCUCCCAUAUGAAAUCCAUGAGGGGCACUGGCAACACGUCCACUGAUGGGGCCUAUAAGCCCUCCUUUCUCACUGAACAGGAACUGAAGCAUCUGAUCCUGGAGGCGGCGGACGGCUUCCUGUUUGUGGUUGCUGCAGAGACGGGUCGGGUGAUAUACGUGUCGGACUCGGUGGCGCCGGUGCUGAACCAUCCCCAGUCAGAGUGGUUUGGCAGCACUCUGUAUGAGCAGGUCCACCCUGACGACGUGGACAAGCUGAGGGAACAGCUUAGUACUUCAGAAAACUCCAUGACAGGGCGGAUUCUGGACCUGAAGACAGGAACAGUAAAGAAGGAGGGACAGCAGUCCUCCAUGAGGAUGUGCAUGGGCUCCCGGCGGUCCUUCAUCUGCCGCAUGAGGUGCGGUACUGCUCCUCUGGAUCACAUCUCCCUAAACCGUCUGUCUAACAUGAGGAAGAGAUACAGGAAUGGCCUUGGACCCUCAAAAGAAGGAGAGGCUCAGUACUCAGUGGUGCAUUGCACUGGCUACAUCAAAGCCUGGCCUCCUGCAGGUAUGACGAUACCAGAAGAAGACACAGAGGCAGGUCAGACUGGAAAAUACUGCCUGGUGGCCAUCGGAAGACUGCAGGUGACCAGCUCUCCAGUCUCUAUGGAUAUGAACGGCCUGUCUGUGCCCACAGAGUUCCUGUCACGUCACAACUCGGAUGGCGUCAUCACCUUUGUGGACCCACGCUGCAUCAACGUCAUUGGUUAUCAGCCUCAGGAUUUGCUGGGGAAAGAUAUUCUGGAGUUCUGCCAUCCCGAGGACCAGAGUCACCUGAGAGAAAGCUUCCAACAGGUGGUGAAGUUGAAGGGUCAGGUUCUGUCAGUGAUGUAUCGUUUCCGAAUGAAGAACAGGGAGUGGAUGCUGAUCCGAACCAGCAGCUUCACCUUCCAGAACCCAUACUCUGAUGAGAUAGAGUACAUCAUCUGCACCAACACUAACGUCAAGCAGCUACAGCAGCAGCAGCAAGCAGAGCUGGAGGUGCACCAAAGAGAUGGACUGACUGCCUACGAUCUGUCCCAGGUGCCGGUGGCCAGCGUCAGCAGCGGAGUCCACGAGACGGGGAAGAACAUCGACAAGACAGAAGUCCUGUUCUCUCAGGAGAGAGACCCGCGCUUUGCUGAGAUGUACACGGGCAUCGCUGGCUCGGGAGAUAAGAAGAUGAUGGUUCCCUCCUCUACAGCAGGAGGACAGCAGCUCUACUCUCAAAGCUCUCCCUUCCAGCAGGGACAUGCUGGCAAAAGCUUCAGUUCCUCUGUGAUCCAUGUCCCCGGUGUGAACGACAUCCAGCCAUCAGGCUCAACCAAUCAGAACCUGGCUCAGAUCUCCAGACAGCUCAAUCCAGGCCAGGUGGCAUGGUCAGGCAACCGCCCACCCUUCUCUGGACAGUCCAGUAAAGCCCAGUCCAGUCCCUUUGGUAUUGGUUCUGGCCACAGCUACCAGCCCGACCCGGCCUCCUACAGUCCCCUGUCAUCCCCGGCUACUUCCUCCCCCAGUGGCAAUGCCUACUCAGGACUGACAAACCGCAGCACAGCCUUUGAUGUGUCAGGGGAGAGCAGUCAGAGUGGAGCCCAGUUCCAGGGUCGUCCCAGUGAGGUCUGGUCCCAGUGGCAGAACCAGCAUCACUCCCAGCAGGCCGGGGAACAGCACACACACCCCAACUCCAGCCAGACAGAAGUCUUCCAGGACAUGUUGCCCAUGGCCGGAGAUCCAACCCAGGGAACAGCCAACUACAACAUAGAGGACUUUGCUGACCUCGGCAUGUUCCCUCCCUUCUCUGAGUAAUAGCCCCCCCCCCCCCCCCUUUCUUCUCCUCUCUGCCUCUCAGAAUUGGACUGAAGUUUGUGUUCAUCUGUCAUGUUGUCUCAUUUUUCUAUAUUGCUGGAUCACUAACACGCAGCUGAUGUGCAGCACGGUGAAUGUCUGGGUGCACACAUACAAACACACAGUUCACUAAUGUUUGGGCUCCAUGGCCUGCAAUAUGUAUUGGUGAACAUACACAUACCUCAUCUGUGCCAAAAGGAGCCGUGCUGACAGAUGGAGGUGCCAUCAGUCAACCGGUCUCAGCUCUCUGUCUGUGGACACCAUCUCCAUCUCUUAGAGCGAGUGGUGCCGUCCCUUCAGUCAAAGGACCAAAGAGACCAUCACUGAUCAUCCCAGAUGUUACUCUUCCUGUCUGUCACAUUUAACUCAAGUCAUUUGUGUCUGCCAGCAUCAUUGUGCUCUCAAAGGGAUACGACUCCUCAUCUGCUGCAGGCAUCAACACAGUUAGUGCCUUCCACGUCACUUGUAGAAAUAAACCCUCAACAGGGUUGACACAAAGCACCGUCUCAAGGUUCCAGAUUGUAUUAUUUUCAGUUUUCUUUUGAUAUGAUCAUUGAUAUGAUAACAUUUGACCUAAAUAUUAAUUUAUUGAAUUGGCAAGAAAGACUGUGUCCGAUAAUUUAACAUUUUGGGCCUAGCAAUGGUGUUGAUGUAGAGCUGACAGUGUCUUCAUAUUUCCAAAGACCAAGUAACAACUGUGUGUGCUGUGGAAGAAAUGACUGCAAACCAUUGUCUCACUACGGGAGCCCAGGAGACAUGCUGGUGGUCCGUGUUCUGAGGGAUCUAAAUGUCUCUCCUGUGUUCGACAGGUGAAUCCAGUUCAAGACGUCCAUCACAAAUACAGAAAUGAGUGGUAGCUCCCGUCAUUUCCAAACGUAUGAAUCUCAAAUACUAAAAUGAGAGGGGCGAUAUCUCAAAUGUAACUCAAUAGCACAUCUUACUACUGGUAGUGUUGGCGUAUUUACUGUAUAUUGCAACAUCUUACGGCAGUAGCAGCCACACUGUCAACAUUUGUGUUGUAGUUUGAGUUUUAAUUUUCCCAAGCACCAUAAGUUAUGUAAACAAAAACAUGUAUGUUGUUAGUCCCAUUUAGAGCAUGAUGUAGUGGUGCACAACAACAAACGCUAAUCCUGCCUUUUCUUUUCACUUGAUCCUAAGUGAUAAACACGAGAGAGAAUAUUAUUCAGAUCAAACAAGGAAAUGGAUCACCACAAUAGGUUUUCUCCCUUCCCUCUCAGGCCUCCGUAACUUACUCUGUGCACGUUGAAUAUUGCAUUUACAAAAGAAGACGUAGAGACUGUACGUCAUCAUGUUCUGCACCAUGCCCGCAGAGCUAAGAGUGAGUGUGAGCAGCACAUCAUCCCAUACAGCAGCACUUAAUGUAAAUGUGUGCAUUACAAGCCCCUUUCCUUCCAAGCAUGAUUAUAUUGUAGUGUGAGCACACAGGAUAAUAUACCCUUACCCAGUUCAUAUAACCCUUAACAAUAAGUCAUACUAGUCUGUAGGCCACCGCAGAUCACAUGUAUCCUAAUGUGACAGAGGCUGCUGCUGAUUGGUGCCAAACUAAGGACGGAGCAAGUCUGGUUCAUGUUCAGCCAAAGUACAUCACUACAGUGACGUUGACAUCAUCCAUGAAUAACUGUAUCGGCAUGCUUUAUGCGUGAGCAUAUGCACAUAAUAUCACAAUAGGAUCAGUAAAGCAGCAGUUGACCGCCUCCUCUGGUGAUUCCUGCAGCGGCUGUCAAGAGCAGAAGUGGAUACUGAUGUACAUGCCGGCCCCCACAGCCCACACACACACACACACACACACACACACACACACAGUAAGGUUUCUGAGUUGAAGAUGUACCUCCAUCAUGUCACAGCACACACACACACACACACACACAGUAAGGUUUCUGAGUUGAAGAUGUACCUCCAUCAUGUCACAGCACACACACACACACACACCUCCAUCAUGUCUGGUGCAGGCCUUUGCACACCAUUGCUGCAGGAGAGCAGAAGCUGCUUCUAUCCUCACGCUCUCAUCACCCUUAUUGUGUCAACUGUAUGUAGUGAUGUCCAGAACCUGAUGCGAGUCUUGAAGGAUUCUAUGUAUAUAUAAUAAAUAAAAAAACACUUCAUUGCAGACAGUUGCUAAGCUAAGGCUUAAAGUGCACUUCAUAAAGCUAACUGCUAAUCUCACCAGCCUGCUUUAAAAGGGAAAAACCGCCAUACCGUCCAAGCAAAGCGCAGUAUUUAGUGUAUUUGGUGUUCUUCAGCUCUGGCUACUUGACUUUAUUACUUUAUAAUCUUUUCAACUAUUAAGAGACUGAAUAAUACUUUCUAGCGGGGAGCUUUUACAUGAUAGAUUGUAUAAUGUCUCUGACAGACGGAUGGGAGAACCUCGAACAGACAUCAGUCCUUUUGCUAAAGAUCUCAAAUCAACGUUUUUUGUAAAUAAUGCGAUUUCUAUGUUGACUCGUGUUACUUUCACACAGUACAUGUUUUUUGUGUAGGUUUUAAUGAUAUUGUGUGCAAUGUGAGUACAUAUUUAACUAUUGGUAUUUAGUUAGUCUGUUAACUGUACAUUGAGUUCUAGACCUGCAUAAAUUGUGUAAAUGUGACCCAUUAUUUUUGUGUAACAAAUUGUGCUUGUGACAAUAAAUUCUUAUUGGUUACGUGGCUUCCA